AGGAGCAGAGGAGGGACCUCCAAACCCCGUGGACGUGGUUUAGCCUGCUCUCCGCUCUGUGCACUGGAAGUUGCACUAGACUAAUUGGACACUUUUAGCAAUUAGGGAAUUCUCAUCAUCGGUUUGAUUUUUGUGCGUCCCGCAUAUGCGUGAAAUGAACAGACCAAUGUUAGAAAGCGGACAUCGGGGAUUAUUACAAUUAGGGGAGCAAGCGACUCAACGCGGAGGAGGUGCACGGACCACACGCACGUGCGCCGCUUUGGUUUUCCAUUUGGCUCUCCGCGCACUGAUAUGGUUUGAACGCUCCUCUUCCAUCUGAGGAUACAGGCUGAGGGAUUCUGUACAUUGUAACAUUUUGGGGGAAGGGUUGUGGUAAAGAUGCAGCGGAGGGCAGUGUCGCAUCUGUGGCUGCUGAUCCUCACCGUGCUGUGGGUGUCUGUCCGCGGUUUUCCCACGCACUUCAAUAAGACUUCAGCCAGAGGCAGAAACACCACAACGUCUGUUCCUGAGGUGAUAGCAGAGCCUAGUCAAGGCGACGGCCAUCAGACUCUCCAGGAGCUCCAGCAGGAGAACCUACUGCAGACUAUUCCCUCUGGUCCGUCUCUCCCCAGGCCCAGACAUCGCUGGUCCCAGGACUCUCACCCAGGUGUCCUCCCACCACCCGAACCUGAGGAGCACAAUGAUCUUUUUGUCCUGGACCUGAGGAACUUCCCAGAGCUGGCCAAUGCAGAUAUGGGCUCACAGAACCCCAACAUCCAGGUGACCAUCGAGGUGGUAGACGACAAACAGACGGAGACGGAAGUGGAGAUGGACCUGGCCAAGGAGGGCCAGCGGAACGACUGGUCGGUGUCAUCCUCAGAAUGGGCCAAUAGCCACAAGAAGCUGUUCUGGCCACUGUUCUGGGAGUACCCAGAGCAGGCAGAGAACGGGCUGGAGAGAGCCAGUUCGGAGGAACAAUCGGAGGACUACACCUACGACCCAGAGGAGCCCGUUCUGAGUGGAGUCGGGGCAGACUGGGGUGGUCACUGGAACAAAGACUGGGAUGCAAAGGAUAACUAUGAGUACGAGGAGGAGUGGAGCGACUGGGCUCCCUGCAGCGUCACCUGUGGACACGGCACCCAGAAACGCACCCGUUCAUGCGGCUACGCGUGCACGGCGACUGAGUCACGCACGUGUGACCUGGAAAACUGUGCCGACGCUGCCAUUUCAGUGACUGAACUGACACCCAUCCAGACGACCAACAGCACAGACUCCCUGGACACAAAUGUAGACAGCUGUGAGGGGUGGCUAAGCUGCAAGAAUGACUUCCUCCAGAAGUACCUGCACCAAGUGCUCACAGAGCUCCCCAGCUGCCCAUGUUCCUACCCCUCCGAGGCUGUUUACAGUGCUGUCAACAUCCAGGAUGGAAAACUGCGCAAGACCUAUCGCUGGAGGGACGCGAGCGGAUCCAAAGAACGCCUGGACAUCUACAAACCUUCAGCCCGAUUCUGCAUCCGCUCAAUGCUGUCGUAUGAAAGCACAACGUUAGCGGCGCAGCACUGCUGCUACGACGAUCAGAUGAGACUGAUUACGCGUGGGAAAGGAGCAGGAGCGCCAAAUUUAAUCAGUACAGAGUUCUCACCAGAGCUGCAUUACAAGGUGGAUGUAUUGCCCUGGAUUCUGUGCAAGGGGGACUGGAGUAGGUUUCACUCAGUAAGGCCGCCCAAUAAUGGGCUGGACUGUUCAGAUAACCCCCCUGAACAAGUGUUUCAGAUGGAUCUUAAGGAGGCCAGGGAGUACUGACAGCGUCACAACAAGAAGGGAGGACAAAAUGAUGGUAGCUGUUUGUUCAAAUCCUCAUUUCUCUUGUCUAUUUUCUCCAUUCUGCACAAGCACAGAAAAACUGAACUGCUACAUGUAUAGGCUACAGCAUUUCUGUGGUGCCAACUGAAGUACUUUGGUGCAGUUGCAAGCUUUGUUGUUGCAAUCUCAUGGCCUCCAGCAUCAAUUG